GUUGCCGAAUAGUCUAGAAAUAUUCCGUAUCUAGAAAGGUGCUGUUGAAAUUUUAUUCGAUAUUCGAUGUGAGUUUCGAGUUUGAGUUGCCCAGAUAAAUCAGAGAUAUUUAGUCGACCCUGGCACCAGAUUGCUUUGAAAUUUAUACUAAUAUUUCUGUGUGCUUAAUCCUUUCGUUAAAACGGCAAAAUAUCGCAAAAGAUUUGAAGUAAGAAUAACCUUAAAAUAAGCGCUCCUGGAAAUUUUCGUCAGCUGUCCGUCGAUUACAGCAUCAUCUAAGAUGGCCAAAUGGGGUGAAGGUGAUCCUCGCUGGAUCGUCGAAGAGCGACCAGAUGCAACGAACGUAAACAAUUGGCAUUGGACGGAGAAAAAUGCAACACCCUGGUCGCAAGACAAACUAAAACUGCUGUUAAAAGAUUUUGUCAUAAGUAAAUCGGGACAGGAAUGUAAAAUUGUCGAUAUAGAAAAAUUGGACGGUGAAGCUACCGCAAAUAAUCGGAAAGGAAAGCUAAUAUUCUUCUACGAGUGGAAUAUCGUCCUCAAAUGGGCAGGAGUGGUGGACGACGAGGAUGUAACUGGAAAAGUGACUAUUCCGAAUCUCUCUGAGGAGAACGAUAUCGAUGAGGUGGAACUGACAGUUUCAGUAGACACAUCGAACAAUGCCUCGGAGAAGCUGAAAGUGUUCAUGUACAAUGUCGGACGUGAUAAGCUGCGGAAACAGCUUGCCACGUAUGUGGAAACGCUGAAGAGGGACUUCGCUAAAGGUCUAAUUUUGCCGAAGAAAGGCGAAGAGCAGAAUGGCAUUCCGGUCUUGAAACCGGAUAAAGAGACUGUUUUUGCCAGUGGAUUCAAUAAGCAAAAAAUCGAAUUGCAGACUGUGACUAGCGGGACUAAGCAGACGGGACUUAAGCUAGACGUUAAAACUUUAGAAACCGUAGAACGAUUUCAAUGUCGGGCUCAUGAGCUGUACGAUGCUCUUACGCGAACUGACAUGGUAACCGCCUUCACCAGGGGUCAUGUUAAGUUGGAUCUCUUCAAGGGAGGAGAGUUUGUCUUGUUUGGUGGCAAUGUUAGCGGAACAUAUAGCGAUAUCGUUCCUAAUAAGAAAAUAACACAAACAUGGCGGUUGAAGCAAUGGCCUGCAGGACAUUAUUCAAAUGUAGUGAUGGAGUUAGAGGAGUUGGAGGAUCACACGGAGCUGAAGUUGACACAAACGAUGAUUCCGGCAGCGGAAUUCGAAGCAACGAAAACUAAUUGGAGCCGCUAUUAUUGGGACAGUAUUCGAUCUGCGUUCGGAUUCGGUAGCUUUUUGUAUUAACAGCAGCAGGAUCCUAGCGAACGCCCAGGAGCGAACAUAAAGGUAUUCUCCGUCGUACCGUGAUUAUCUAUAGCUUUUCCAUACUCUGGCUCUGUGAAUGUAUACAUAAUAAUUGAACAAUAGAUACAAAGUUUAAACCGCGUUCUACACGAGAAAAUUAAAAACAAAAAUUUGAAUGUUUCAAGUCAUCUAAAUUAUUUCUAUAGGACAAAUAUCAAGUUCUCUGCUUUUUUUGUUUCGAUUAAUUAAAUAUUUGGUAUUCCUGCAGUAGUUUUUUUCCGGAGGUUAUACGUAUUUGUUUGCAUCGAGAAGAGUGUCAAAAUUGUGUUACGAGAAGGUUACUGUUUGAAAAAUAGUACCGUUUAGCAGGUCACAAUUGGCAGUAAAUCACAGUUUCUUGGAAAACCGAACCAGGCAUAACUAUGCAUAGUUUGCACAAACGCACUUUAUUGCGUUAUCUGUAGACUAGCACUAAAUAGAAAUUAAAUAAAAAAUAC